AUGAUUAUUUUUUUCCAAUCUUUGUUCCUAAUUUUGAUUACCUUGAUAGCAUCUACUUGUGUUUUCCACAAAAGAAAAGAGACUAGCACAAAAAACUUGCCACCAGAAAGAUCAAAAAAGUACUCAUCAGAGAUUUUCAAAACAAAGCUAUUUGGAGAGAAAACAGUGGUUAUGUUUGGUCCUAAUGCUAUCAAAUUCAUGUCAAUGAAUGAAUCAAAACUUAUCAAAUUUUGGUACUUGAAAACUCAGUGCAAGUUAUUCAAUCUUCCCGAUCAGAAUCAGAAUCAGAAUCAAACUCGAGUAGUUGUAGUUUCUGCUCCAAUGAAAAUCUUGGGGUUUCUUAAGCCCGAAGGAAUAGUUAAAUACAUGAAGAACAAUAAUAAAAUUGAAUCAAUCAUACACAAAAAUUUCAUGACACAUUGGGAAGGAAAAACGGAACUAAAAGUGUACCCUUUGGUGAAAUCUUUUUCAAUUUCAUUAGCUUAUCAAUUCUUCCUAGGAAGUGGCACAUCAAUGCUAGAUUAG